AUGUCCAAGGCCGCUGUUGGUACCAAGUUCCGAAUGACCCUGGCUCUGCCAGUCGGUGCCGUGAUGAACUGCGCCGACAACUCGGGUGCCAAGAACCUGUUCGUCAUUGCCGUCCACGGCAUUGGUGCUCGUCUUAACCGUCUCCCCGCCGCCGCUGCCGGUGACAUGGUUGUCGCUUCCGUCAAGAAGGGUAAGCCCGAGCUCCGUAAAAAGGUCAUGCCCGCUGUCGUUGUCCGCCAGCGCAAGCCCUGGAGGCGUCGUGACGGUGUCUUCCUCUACUUCGAGGACAACGCCGGUGUCAUUGUCAACCCCAAGGGUGAGAUGAAGGGUUCCGCUAUCACUGGUCCCGUUGCCAAGGAGUGCGCCGACAUCUGGCCACGAAUUGCCUCCAACGCCGGUACCGUCGUCUAA